AUGUCUUCAUUGCGACUCGCGACAGCUAUCAACGUACGUGCGUUCCAGAAUCUGACCAACGCCCUGAGCAUGAGCCAGGGUCAAUGGACGGGCUCAAUAGAGGGCGAAGCGCUUGCAGAUGAGAUCGGAAGAUUUAGGGUGUGGGCUGGCAAUUUGGGAGCUUUGCAAAAAGGUCAUAGCUCGCUGGACUAUAGGCUGCGCGACUCACCAGUGUUAUCCAACAACGCACUCAAGCUUUUGCACGAGCUCGAGCACAACCUCAACGAAUCCCAUGCUGUCGUCUCCGGAGUUCGGUUACCUUACGAGGCCCAAGGCGGAACAGCAGAGCCUAAACAAGAUGAUGAUGACGAUGGAUUCUAUAGUGAGGAUGAGGAGGAUGAGGGCGAGGGCGAACCCAACAGUGAGUUGAAGGUGCGCUUCGAAGAUAUGAUUGACAUCAUCGACAACCUCUAUAAGCUCAGUGUCCGGAUUAGGACACCAUCCAUACGCUCAAGGUCACUCAAGGCAUCUUCCUACAUGCAAAAAGAUCCGGAAACGGGCGUUGAUGUUCUUAGUAUGUAUGCUGAGCUGGAUUUGAAGCACGUUCAAGAGCUGCUUUCCGAUUUACGCCGGUCAUUCCCUAACAAUGAGGAAAUGGACAAAGAUUUCCUAAUUGUACGGUUGAGUAAAUCCAUCACUUUGCGCAGACGGAACUUCAAAUAUUGGAAGCGACAUCGUGACAAGCUAGGCGCCGCGACUGGCGACGAAUUAUUCCAAGCUGGCGUAAUUGUCACUGCAGAAGAGCCUGACUGUGAGAGCUCGGAACAACUUUUCCGCAGUCGCCGAGAAUGGGCUGAACACGAAGCGAGCCAUCGAAAAGUAUGGAGAUGCCCGGAACAUUCAGCAGCAAUGUACAACUCCCAAACAGGACUAGAGAACCAUUUUCGACACCAGCAUCCCGAUAGCUUCUCAGAGAUCCAACUAUUGACCGCCGUCAAGGUUGGAGAAACUACUACAAUAGACAUGAGAGAACAGUGCCCGAUUUGCUAUGCACCAGCAGAUAUGGAAGGCCUUGGUGACUUCCAUAGCCAUAUCGCAAAUCAUUUGGAGCGCAUCGCAACCUUCGCCUUACCUCACAGUAGAGAUGACGAUGAAGAUGGCACCAGCGGUGUUGCAAGCCGUGGGAGCUCCAAUUCACAAUACUUACCUAGUUCUUUACCCACUCGAACGACCGAUAAACACGACGACCGUGAGGAAACUGAACAUGGUAUUUUACAGCUGGAUGAGCCAUCCGAUUCUCUCCGUAUGGUCAAUCCCAGUCAUGCUUUGCUGUCUACAGAGAGCCUGCAGCAACUUCCCGAUGAGAGCCAAAAUCGACUACAAAUGAUUCCAAAACUGCUAAAUACAUCUCACGAAGAAGAAGGCGAUCCUAGUGAUACAUGGUCCGAUGACGAGCCAUCCGUUGAUAUCCAGAAUCAUUCAUCGCGGAGAGAAGCGUCCACGCCAGAAAUCAAGCGCUCAAGGAAAGAUCAGAUAAUAUCGGUAGCUAACAUUCCUUCGCUGCGCUCCCUGUACAUAACUGGACAGAUUAUACAGCGCGACCAGAGCUAUGCGCCAAAUGUCUUCUACAAUCAACUAAUCUCGUUCAUACAUCACGACCUAACGAGACUAAAGGUUGAUGCCAUUGUUAACAACGCCCCUACCGAUCUGAGCCUGUCGCCAGCUAAUAACACGCUACAUAGCGCGAUUUUCAAAGCUGCCGGGCCAGGUCUUACAGAAGAGGCAAAAUUGAAAGCAGAUAUCAAGGUUGGACAAGUGGGGCUUACUCAAGGACACGAUCUUCCAAGUUCCUGGAUUAUACACGCCGCAGGUCUGAAAUACAAUUGGUCAAAGGGUUACGAUCAGUUCAAAGUCCUCAGCAGCUGCUAUCAGAGUGCUUUGGAAAUGGCUACUUACCAUGGGAUAAAGACAAUCGCCUUUCCCUGCUUGGGUACUGGAGGAUGUGGCUUCCCUGCACGCGUCGCUGCACGUAUAGCACUACAAGAAAUUCGAGACUACCUCGAUUCGCAUCCCAAGCACGGCCUGGAACGCAUUGUUAUUUGCGUGAAAACAGAUUUCGAUAAGAAGGCUUACAUGAGCUUCUUUCCAGUCUUCUUUCCACCAACGCAUGGUGAUUUAGACAGAGCAAGGACUGCCGAAUUGUCCGUGGAUGGAGCACGGCCAGCAGCUCAGGUACUGGAUUCACGUGCACAAGUACAAAAGGCAGUGACAGGCCUCCAAGAAGUAUUUGGGUCUGAAUUUCCCAAUAUGAAGACAGAUUACUUUGAACCGCUCCGCUCGACCGAGUUCUCACUCACAUCGAUUUAUGAUUAUAUAUCAAGGCCACAGGAGAGAGCGCGAAACUUCGAUGAUGUCAUGUUGCUUUGUUCGGUUACAACAUCCGUCUGUGGUACAAUCGCAGAAAUGACUGAGACAGCAAAGAACACAGAAAAUACCGAACGUGUAUACCAACGAAUACUGGGUGAAACCAACAAUCAAAUGCGAGUAGCACAUGGGCAUGACCUCGAUCGGUUCCUAAACUAUGUCCAUGUUUUCGCAGAGUGCUUGACUACAACCCCGAACAAGAAGACGUUCAAGGACUUCAAAUUGCGUCAAGUACGGAAGAUUCUGAAGGAAUAUGGGGCCAAGGGGCAGACUCAAGAUACUAAAGACGGGCGUGAUUAUUCAGACGAUAUAUUGUUUUCUCAACAAUACCAACAGGAGAAUGCUUCCUCUCGUCAUCGGAACGUUAUCGGAUUACAGCAAAUACCUUCAGUGGCCAGACUAUUCCGGAUUGGAGACCUCGAAGCUAAGCCUACGCUGGCGCACCCAUCCGAAACCUUCAACCACAUGGUUUGUUUGGUCAGGGAAGAUAUUAUGAAGCUCGAGGUUGACAUCAUGGUUAAUUCAACUGACAGCUCCUUUCUCGGCAUGGGUGUUUUGGAUCGCAGCGUCUUCAAAAAGGGUGGUCCCGAACUGAUGGAGCAAAUCAAGAAGUUCGGCACAUGCAACGAAGGCGAUGUCAAAGUAACCCCUGGAUACCUUCUUCCAGCGAAACACAUCCUACAUGCCAUACCUCCCGAACAAUUCAGUAAAAGCAACAAGGGCAUCUUACGAAACAUAUACCGAGAGAUUUUGCACACAGCCGUGCUAUUGAAAGCAACCUCGAUCGCAAUACCUAGCAUCGGAACUGGCAGGCUAAAUUACCCACGGCGCGACUGCGCAUCUUUGGCCAUGGAAGAAGUCAAGCGAUUCUUGGAAUCAGCGGAUCCGAAUAAUACACUGGAAAAGAUCAUAUUUGUGGUCUAUUCUUCGAACGACGAGUUUGUCUACAAGAGCCUUUUGCCGGUUUAUUUUCCACUACCACAACAUAAUGCCUAUACUCCAGUACAGUUUACUAUGCAGCCUCCGGAUAUUCAGGGAGAUCCAUCGUCUCCCAAACGAACAUCUACAGACCCUGUAUCUCUAUUAGCCUCUCUAAGCGGAGAGCAUCACGUAGUCCGACUUGGCAAUCAAUCAGAAACUUGGCGAUCGAUUAACAGCGAUGAGGAAGAGGCACUGAUACGAUUUGAGUCACACGCUCGAAGCUGCAUUGACUGCAAAGACAUAUCGGGAUUGUACGAGAUAGAGCAAGGACUAUGCAAGAAAGGCUACCGUCUGGCCCAAGCCGUUGUCCAUUACCUGCAAAUGUCACCAGACGAAGACGUCUACAGCAGUGGAGCUAGAAACGGCAAGCGCGAUAAACUAAACAUACCGGCUGAUAUGUUUCCAAUUUCACUGAUCUUACUUCAGACGGUCGAGAAGAGCACUCGGGACGGAGAGCAAGGCAAGCCAUUUGUCGAAUCGCUGUCACUACCUACACGGAUUCUGGCAUACCUCACCGAUGAUCUGAAAGUGCGACCUGGGUCGUACAUAGGCCAACACAUCAAAGAGAUUGCUGCUGCACUGGGAGCUGACCAAGAAGACGUCACUCCUGCUCUCAUUCGACUAGCCAAAUACGGGGCUGUCCACAAUACUCUCGACAAAGAUACGUGGGUAAUCUCACAACAGGUCACUGAUCAUCCUAUAUUACAGGAGAAUCGAUCAGUCGAAUCCAGGGAGUCUAAACUUGAUCCUGCUCUAGCUGAAAAGCUUAUGAAAUGGACAGAAUCAUCUCACACACCUCAGACCAUGCAUCAGCUCGAUUCCGAUCCCCAGGUACCCAGUGUAAGUGUGUCAGUCACCCCAAAAGAUGCCAAGGAUUCAGCAGAAAACGAAGAUGAUCGCCCCCAUUCGACUCCAACAUACGCAAAUGCAGAAGAAGUUGUAAACAUUGGGGCGAAUACCCAGACACAAGACAAACCCGUAGAAAAAGAACCCACGGUAACCAAUUCUUAUCUCUGCCCAGACUUCCAGUGCGACAAAGUAUUCCAAAGCAGUGCCGCUAGGCUCCAUCACUUCAUGGAAUGUCACAGCCUCUCAGAAACUGAGCACGAAGACGCACUCGCACCAGAAUCAGAAACGAAACCCGAGCUUGAUCCUGCUCUAGCUGAAUCCAUCAUGUCAUACAUGGUGCACAUGUCCCGCACGCCGCUAGAACGACAGGGCCAAACCGUGCGUCAACUCGCUGCCGCUCUCCAAGUACCGACUCGACGAAUAUGGCCUGCAAUCAGAUACCUCUCAGCAAUGGGCCUGAUUUAUCGUCCAUCCGACUCCGAAUACCGCCCUUCCGACGCGGAAACGUGGGCGGUCUCUCUCACAGCCAAUCAUCCACGCUGUCAUCGAGAACAACAAGGAAAGUGA